CACUUAAAUGAAACUCGGGUUCAGUGUAGGUUCUGAGUCACCUGUUGACUCCCUCCCUCCGGAUGAGUCGGCAAAUGACGUGAAGAUACCCGGGAUAACCGCAGCUGGCUUCACAUGAGACCUGUCACACAGCUCAGCUGACCGCACCUCAAACUGUCCACGAUGUCUGACAACAAAACAAUCGUUUUCUUUGACCUGGAGGCCACUGGAUUAGACACUGCUGUGUGUGACAUCAUCCAGGUGUCGGCCAUCUGUGGAGAGAAGGUUUUUAAUGUCUACACCCUCCCCCGCCGCUCCCUCACUGAGAGCGCCAGACAGGUGACUGGCUUCACAGUCAGUGAUGGCUCCCUGUUUCUCCACGGGAAUGCUGUGGACACCGUUCCUCUUGUUGAUGCUCUCACGUCCUUCAUCAGCUUCCUGCGCUCAUUCAGCUGCCCUGUGCUGCUGGCGGCCCACGGUGCAAAGCGAUUCGAUGCACCUGUGCUCACCAGGGUGCUGCGAAGGCUCGCCCUACACCAGGAGUUCCAACAGGUGGUGUCUGGGUUCGUGGAUACCUUCCUGCUAAGCAAGAACCUGUAUCGCAAUCUGGGCAGUCAUUCUCAGCAGUACAUGGUGCGCCACUUCCUGGGGAGGACCUACGAGGCACACAAUGCAGUGGAGGACGCCACGAUGUUGCAGGAGCUGUUCAACUCAUGGAGUCCCACCAAAUGGAACGUCUCCAGAGUUACUCUGUCAACCUACCUAUUUUAAGAUAAGCUACAGAAAGGAUGUAUGAUAUUUAUGACCAUUAGAAAAAAAAUGAAAUGAUACAUAGAUCCAAGUUCUUGUGAUGGGAGACAAAUGAUGCAUGUUACACCCCAAACUGGACCCAAACUGACAGAAAUGUCAAUUCCAUAUUGUGUAAUUUGUUUGUUUAGUGUUGUCUAUGCUACUGUAAUGUGUCGUACACAAACAUGUGUUGUACUGUUUUGUCUUUCCAGUAAAUUGUAGCACAGUUUUCCUACAAUAACCAUUAAACUUACAUUUGAUUCUUA